UGUGUUGCUCCACCUCACACGCAGUGCCCAGUGCCGGCCUCAAUCUGGUCUGCCCCCUCCCCACCCGGUUCACCACCACCAUGACACCAGGCAUCCAGGCCCCUCGCUUCUUCCUGCUGCUGCUAGUCCUAGUGCUUACAGCUUCUCCCACUCCCACACCAAUGGUUCCUACAACCUCUGGCCACACAAGCCACAUGGGAAAUACACAGACUGUGACUGUCCGAAGCAGCCCAAUGUCCAGGUUCGCUGACAGAAGUUCUGUGAGCACAACCAGCAGCUCACUCCCCACUCACAGCCCUGCCUCAAGCUCAGCCACCACUGCAGCCCCCGGUGCCACCUCUCCCCCGGCCACCAGCUCUGCCUCAAGUGUGGCCGCCACUCCAGCUCCCGGUGCCACCUCUCCCCCAGCCACCAGCUCUGCCUCAAGUGUGGUCACUACUCCUGUCCCCGGUGCCGUCUCUUCCCCAGCCACCAGCCCUGCCUCAAGUGUGGCCGCCACUCCAGGCCCCGGUGCCACCUCUCCCCCAGCCACCAGCUCUGCCUCAAGUGUGGUCACUACUCCUGUCCCCGGUGCCGUCUCUUCCCCAGCCACCAGCCCUGCCUCAAGUGUGGCCGCCACUCCAGGCCCCGGUGCCACCUCUCCCCCAGCCACCAGCUCUGCCUCAAGUGUGGUCACUACUCCUGUCCCCGGUGCCGUCUCUUCCCCAGCCACCAGCCCUGCCUCAAGUGUGGCCGCCACUCCAGGCCCCGGUGCCACCUCUCCCCCAGCCACCAGCUCUGCCUCAAGUGUGGUCACUACUCCUGUCCCCGGUGCCGUCUCUUCCCCAGCCACCAGCCCUGCCUCAAGUGUGGCCGCCACUCCAGGCCCCGGUGCCACCUCUCCCCCAGCCACCAGCUCUGCCUCAAGUGUGGUCACUACUCCUGUCCCCGGUGCCGCCUCUUCCCCGGCCACCAGCUCUGCCUCAAGUGUGGUCACUACUCCUGUCCCCGGUGCCGUCUCUUCCCCAGCCACCAGCCCUGCCUCAAGUGGGGGCGCCACUCCAGCUCCCGGUGCCACCUCUCCCCCCGCCACCAGCUCUGCCUCAAGUGUGGUCACUACUCCUGUCCCCGGUGCCGUCUCUUCCCCAGCCACCAGCUCUGCCUCAAGCUCGGCCACAGGUUCAGUCCCCGGUGCCACCUCUUCCCCAGCUACCAGCUCUGCCUCAAGUGUGGCCGCCACUCCAUCCCCUGGUGCCGUCUCUUCCCUGGCCACCAGCUCUGCCUCAAGCUCAGCCACCACUCCAGUCCACGGUGCCACCUCUUCCCCGGCCACCAGCUCUGCCUCAAGCUCAGUUGCCACUCCAGCGCACAAGGGCACUUCUGCCAAGGCUACCACCACCCCAGUUGGCAAGGGCACUCCAUCCUCAGUUCCCAGCCACUCUGAUACUCCCACCACCCCUGCCAGCCACAGAACCAGGACUACAGCCAGUAGCACUAGCGGUAGCAUAGUGCCCCUCACCUCUUCCAAUCAUAGCUUGUCCUUCUUCUUCCUGUCCUUUCGUAUUUCGAACCUCCCGUUUAACGCUUCCCUGGAAGAUCCCAGCACUAACUAUUACCAGGUGCUGCAGAGAAACGUUACUGAAUGGAUUUUGCAGAUUUAUAAGCAGGAGAAUUUUCUGGGCUCCUCUAACGUAAAGUUCAGGCCAGGAUCUGUGGUGGUGGAAUCAACUCUGGCCUUCCGAGGGGGCACCACCAAUGCCAACAAGGUAGCGGCACAGUUUCUUCAAGAUGAAAUACAUGAAAAGAGAUACAACUGGGUCAUCUCAAGACUUAGUGUGGAUGAUGUGUCAUUUCCUUCCUCUUCCCGGCCUGGGUCCGGGGUACCUGGCUGGGGCAUUGCCCUGCUGGUGCUGGUCUGUGUUCUGGUCGCGCUGGCCAUCAUCUAUCUCAUUGCCCUGGCUGUGUGUCAGUGCCGCCGGAAGAGCUGUGGGCAGCUGGACCUCUUCCCAACCCGAGAUACCUACCAUCCUAUGAGCGAGUACCCCACCUACCACACCCACGGGCGCUAUGUGCCCCCUGGUGCCAAACGUAGCCCUUACGAGGAGGUUUCUGCAGGCAAUGGUGGCAGCAGCCUCUCCUACACGAACCCAGCAGCCACUUCUGCCAACUUGUAGGGGCACGUUGCCUGCUGAGCAGCCGGCCAGUGGCCUCUGUCUUCACCACCAGUGCCCCCCUCCCCCUUUUCUGGACUGGUGAGCUGGGAGUUCCGGUGGGCUGCUCGCAGCCUCCUGCGCGUCCCUAACCCAUCUCAGCCGUGGGGAACGUGCCUGGGGCAGUGGCUCCAGGACUGGCCCCGAAAGCCCCCAAGUCGGAGUGGGAACUUGUACAUGGCUGAAUAAAACAUGGGCCUCCUCCGCUCUGGCUCUAA